AUGGCUCCCCCCACGGUUGAUGAUUACACGGUUGCGUGGAUCUGUGCCUUGCCUCUCGAGGCGACGGCAGCCCGCGUUAUGCUGGACGAAACUCACGGAUCAUCUCCACGGACCAAUGACCCGAACGCCUACGACUUCGGAGAACUGAACGGCCAUUGUAUAGUCAUUGCCUACCUACCAGAUGGCGUGUACGGAACCGUGUCUGCCGCGACUGUUGCAUCUCGCAUGCGUUUGACUUUUCCCCGCCUUCAAUUUGCACUGAUGGUAGGAAUUGGAGGCGGGGUCCCAAGCAAAAGUCAUGACAUUCGACUAGGCGACGUCGUUGUCGGCAAACCCGGCAAGAAGCAUGGCGGAGUGGUACAGUACGACUAUGGCAAGGCGGUUCAGGGUGGGAAAUUUGAGCAGACAGGCUUCUUGAAUCAACCACCAACGACUCUUCUAACGCACAUGAGCCAACUCGAGUCGAAAGAAAUAAUGGCCGGAGAGGAUGCCAUCUCAAAUGUCGCGAGCGCAGCACUGGAGCGGAACCCCGCUAUGAAGGCAGGGUUUUCAGCUCCAGCACAGCACACCGACUUACUGUUUCGCUCCUCCUAUCACCAUGUCAACAAGGGACAAGAUUGCGAGAAGUGCGACAAAGAACAAUUAAUGGAUCGUCGACCCCGUAGAACAAGCCAGCCACUCGUACACUAUGGCUUGAUAGCGUCCGGGAACCAGGUGAUGAAAGACUCUGAAACACGAGACCAUCUAGCUGAACAGCAUGGGAUGCUCUGCUUUGAGAUGGAGGCCUCAGGCCUCAUUAACGAGCUACCAACACUUGUGAUCCGAGGAAUAUGCGAUUAUUGCGACUCCCAUAAACAUGCCGAAUGGCAAGGAUAUGCAGCGCUUUCAGCAGCAGCUUAUGCGAAGAAGUUGCUAUCGAUCAUUCCACCGGAGAAGGGAAUCGUGAUGCAAGGUCAAGCGCCAGACUCUACCGAGGAGAGAGCGUUCCUGGCAGAUCUGUUCAUCACCGACCCUGAAGAAGAUAUGAACUCAUUGAAGCGGAGAAGAGGAAACCGCAUCUCGGGGACUUGCAGCUGGUUUCUGGAGUCAGACGAACUACAAUCCUGGUUGGGGCGGGACAAAGGGUUGGCCAGGAACAAGUCAAAUGUCCUGUGGCUUUACGGUAACCCUGGAACUGGCAAGUCGACUAUGGCCAUCACACUUGCCGAAGAACUUCCAGAAAAGGAUUAUUUCUCCACUGGGAAUAAUGUUCUAUCAUUCUUUUUCUGCGACGCCGGCUCCGACUGUCAAAGAACGGCCACUUCUAUAUUACGGGGACUUCUCUAUCAGAUCAUCAACCAACGUCCAGAACUUAUCAGACGGAUAAUUCCAAAAUAUGAAAUUCAGAAAAAGCGGCUGUUCACAACCUUUGACGCGCUAUGGGCCCUGUUGAUAGAUAUAGGACGAGUACCUCGCGGACCUGAAAUAUACUGCAUCGUUGAUGCUUUGGAUGAAUGCGAACCCAAUGAACAAGACAUUAUCCUGCGACAGAUCGACCAAUCUUUCAAUGACCGCUAUUCCCAAAGCUCUAUCCCUUCUAGCGUGCACUUUUUCAUAACGAGCCGUCCGUAUCCUGAGAUUCGAUCGUAUCUCUCCUUGUUCAUGUGCAUAGACCUAGGGUCGUGCCAAGAGAUCACUGCCGAUCUAAAGGCAACAAUCUGCGAAAAAGUGAAGGACCUGGCAAAGCGAAAGAGCUACUCUGUGUCGGUGGCUGCGAGAGUGUCUCAAGCCCUGGCAGAAAAAGCUGAUGGGACGUUUCUAUGGGUAGGAAUUGUGUGCGAGCGGUUGAACGAGCCACGAACCACGAACCCUCUGAAGACCCUGCAGAAACUUCCACGAGGGUUACAAUCUUUAUAUCGAAAUCUUGUGGAUGCAGCAUUUAUGGCAGAGAAUGAUGAACAAGAUUAUCAGACUAUGAAGGAGAUGCUGAGAUUGGUGGCAUUCGCACGCCGACCGCUGACAAUGGCCGAAAUAGCGGAUGCAUGCAGAAUAUACCCUGAUGAAGACAACGACAGCCGUCUUCAGUUUACAAGAGAGAUUAUUGACUUGUGCCGCUUGUUGGUAAUCGUAGACAAAGGCUGUGUGCGGCUUUUGCAUACGUCAGUCCAGGACUUUUUGGUCACUGAGAUGCCGGGCAUGGAUGCACUGAAGGCCAAUUAUGCAUUGUCAUGUCGAUGCAUUGAAGUCAUUUUCGAGAAUUGUCGGAUGAAGCCACAGCUUGCCGCAUUAGCCCCUGAACAGGCGUUUCUCAGCUAUGCGGUCAUGUAUUGGCCAAAGCAUGCUGGCCUUGCCGAAACGGAGUUCGUCGUCCAGAACGAGCACGAAGAGUUCUUUGAGGACCGGUACGGAGCGUGGAAGAAUUGGGUGAAGGACUACAACCACCUGAACAAGUCCACUGGCAACGCCUUGCGUAGUGGUCUCUCUCUUAUUCACAUCGCAGCUCGCUGGGGUAUCUUUCCAUUGUUCUCGUUUCAGUCUCCAGAGAAAAUGGAAGAUAAGGACCCCUGCGGACGGACCGCAUUACUUAUUGCCGCCGGAAACGCCCAAGUCAAAACAAUACGCUUCUUGGUUGAGUCUGGUGCCAAUGUGCGAGCUCUGGAUGAUGAGGAUCAAAAUGUUCUCCAUAUCCUUUGCAGCAAUGGAGACUACAAUGACGACACAAUGACCAAGUUUCUGCUUGACAAAGGAGUCUCCCCAUAUGACUGCGAUAAGGAUAACAUGUCACCCUUUCUUUAUGCAGUUGCACAUCUCGAUGAAGGACUGGCACGAGACUUUCUUGCAAAUGGAUUCGAUCUGAAUACCAGGAUACGAAGACGAUGGUGGCCUGGGCGAACAACAAUGGACAUUUUUACAUACAGGAAGCCCAAGGAUCAGAAAAAGGUAGCUAGAGCGAAUCUGGAAUCCGGCCUGACAGCACUCCAUUUCUCUGCUUUGAAUGCAUGCACAAAAAUGACCGGCUUCUUACUCCGAAAUGGUGCCGAUCCAAACGUUCGCUCUGAAACUGGAGAUACCCCACUGCAUCUUGCGAUCAGGGGCAAACUCUUGGGCCGCGAAUGCCACGAUGCAUGGGGGAAGGGCACAUACGCGAUUGAGUCCUUAAACGACCUAAUUAUGGAUCCAGCAUGUGAAGAAGCUUUUGAUAUCGACAGAGCCAUCAAUUACGCUAGAGCACAUAUUGUUGACACACUCCUCGAGAGCAAAAUAAUCGAUGUCAACACAGCUAACGCUUGUGGGGAGUAUCCUCAGCAUUUGAUAAAUUUCCGCAAGGAUUAUGCAUCUUCGAUCCUAUGCAAACUUAUAAAGAAAGGAGCUGAUAUUUCACGGAUGAAUGGAUCUCGUCAGACUUGUCUCCAUCUUGCCAGCAGAGAAGGGAAUUUGGAGGUUGUCUGCAGACUUGUGGAUGAAGGCCAAGAUAUCUUGCUGGAGGACGUCGACGGAUUGAGCCCGUUCUACUAUGCACUGCGCGAAGGUCGUCUAGAUGUCCUGCAGUACAUGUCAAAGGCCUGCGCCAAGGCACUUUCGGGAGUCUGGAAUACACUAGAUCGCAACGGCAGGAACCCGUUGCACCAUCAUGUCUCAUCCGUCUUUUGCUACAUUGACAUGGUUGACUUCCUGAUACAGGCUGGCUGCGACGUGAAUCAACCUGAUGCGAGGCAGUACUCUUCCCUGGGAUUGUACAUGGGUUCAUUCCACCUGGGAGUUGAGAGAGAGAUAUUUUUCCACCUUAUCCAGAAAGGUGCUGAUCCACUAUCUGUCAAUGCACGACGACAAAAUUUGUUGCAUCUAUUAAUGCGACACAGGGGCGCAGACAACGAGGUCCUCAAAUAUUUGUUCAAUUGUGGCCUGGAUCCAACAGCGCGAGAUGUCGACAGGAAGACCUUUAUGCACCAUGGGGCGAUUCAUGGCGCGUUUACUGACGAACUUGUAGAGUUUCUUCGAUGUAAUGGUGUUUUAGAUUUGCAAAGCAGGGACUCCAUCGGCAAGAGCCCCCUCGACUACGCGGAAGAAAAGGCUCAUCAGGAAUUUCCGGAAGAUGUCCUCUUACAUUUUGAUCGAAAAUGGGAGAAAUCGUUCAACGUUUUGAGUACAGGUGCUUGCACGCUGCUGUGA